AUGGCGCUGCGGAGACGGAAUGUGGAUGUGGAUCCUUGCUGUAGGCGAUGUGGAUCUCAUGAGGAAACCAUGGAGCAUGCACUCCGGGAUUGUGCAUGGUCAGAGGUUUUAUGGAGAGUUUCGCCUCUCAGACUUCAACCGCUAAAUGGGGAUUGUUCGAUGAUGGAUUGGUUUGGAAAAAUCAGAAACUCUACCCAUCGGGAAGUCCACUCCAUUUUCGCUACUUUAACUUGGUCCAUCUGGUUUGCCAGGAACCUUCUGAUCUUCCAGCAGAAAGAUAUGUCCCAUUUGGAUUGCCUGGCGAUUGCAUCUAGAGCUUUAUGGUCGACACCUCUGCGGGAAUCUUUGCCGAAUCAGCUUUCUCUCUCGACAGAUUUUUGUCGCCCGGGACAGUUGAAGGCCUCGAGCGAUGCGGUGUUGAGUGUUGGUAAGGGUUUUGGUAUAGGGGUGGUGCUUCGCGAUAAAGAUGAUGAUAUCAAGGGCUGCAGAUUCGGUUUUGUGAAGGGGGCUUUCUCGGUCAUUGAGGGAGAAGCCUUUGCUAUGUUGGAAGGUCUUCGCCUUUGCCGGGAACAAGGUGAUUCGGAUGUUAUCUUCGAAACUGAUAGCCAAGUCCUCUAUUGGUUGUUGAUCAAGAAGAAAAACGAUAUGUCUUAUUUGGGAGAUACGCUGAGAGCUAUUCAGGAGAUUUUGGUUUCUUUCCACCAUUUUGCUUUUAGCUGGACGCCUCGCGAAGGGAAUGUGGCUGCUGACAAACUUGCUGAUUUUGCUUUAUGUAAUGGUUUACCUCUUUCUUCCGUUAGGGUGUUGCCUGAUGCUGUUAACUCUCCUUCGUUUUAA